AUGGAACAGAACUGCAGAAAACUUAACUGUAAAGUAACGCCGGUUGGAGAAAAUCUUGAAUCAGAAUUUAGACUUAAGGCCUCCGAGAAAGGUGUGAGAAUAGUCUACUUGAAUCUGAAAAUCGGUAACAACAGCUACAAUCCACUGGACUUACCAGACGAGUUUCUUCCCGACAGAUGGGUGUGGGCCCGGUCAAAUAAUGAGCCCAUGUUGUCUUUGCCCUUUAACUUCGAUAUUCUUUCCCUUGGACUCUUGAAUUAUCAAGUUGGAAGCAUGACAGUGCCACUCAGAGAUGAACCGAAUGGAUGCCUUGCGGGAUUAAACUCCACAUGUCAGAACUUGGCCGUCGGAAGAGGACUGUUGGACAAUGUAACAUUAAGUGAAAGCGGCAACACUGGGGUGGUCUGUGUUGGAAUGAUAUUGAUGAAGUUAUCGCCGUCGAUAAACUAUCAUUGCUGCAGUUCUAAUGUCUCAAGUAUUCACUGUGAUCUUUCUGUAGUGGGCAGCAAAUGGCUGCAAGCGAUUAAAGCCGUCCUGUAUUGUUUGUCCGCCGUGGUGGUUUUAUAUUGCCCAGCAUUUCUUCUGCUAUUACCUGACUGUAUUUUUAAUCUUCAGAAUGAAUGUAACCAGGAGGAAAUGACUGAAAACCAACUACCUCUCGGCGUGAGAAAUGAAUAUCAGAGAAUUCAAAGCGAAGAAGAGAACAGACUGUCACGCAACACCGAUGAAAUUCCUGUGGAUGACGCGAGUCCGGUUACCUGUUCAACGUUUUUGCUCGGAUGUGUUCAGCUUCUGCCUGAUUUAAAGCCAUCGUUUAACGUUAAGUUGGCUGUAUUAAUGUUUUGCAUUUUCCCAUUUUCCCUCUAUUUUCCGCUAGCAUUAUUCUUUGUCCUUGAGCCAAAAUAUUUCCAUGAACGCCACAUAAAGUUGCCCAUUUAUACCGGAAGUCCAGAAUUCUCUGCAAUCACUCUUUUCGCGAUCGCACCGAGCACAGCCUUGGUCCUUACCAUUUUGGUGUUACCAUGUUGGACAGCAGUUUUGUUUCUAAAACCGAAGGAUUUGUUCCUGAAUAAUUGUCCCCUAUGUGGCCUAUUUGACAGAGUGAACUCCCAUUCUGUUAGUAUCGGAGAUGAAACUCUUCAACAUUUGAAACUGCUCCCGGAAAAGACUAAAUCUUUGAUGUUAGCCUUACUUUACCUACAUAACAGAAGUCUAAGAAAAGUUGUAGGCCUUUCAACGUGCUACUUAAUGAUGAAUUAUAGGGGAUCACGAGUGAGACGCGCACUGUUCAGUUUGUGGCUGUCAUUUUCUUGUUUAUUCACGCUAUUUCUUGGCCUUGUUUUGGCAGCAAUCUGUUUGUUUCUUCUUUUAGUUUCUGGCGUUUUUUUGUUUAUUUGGUUUUCACCAGUUACGAUUCUUAUGGUGAGCAUGGGCCAGAAAAUUUAUAAUACGAUAUUAAGAGCACGCGAUAGCAUUUGCUGUAUUUUGUUUAUAGUUUUAUGGGUUUUUUCUAUCUGUUUACACUAUAUCUGCUUAUUAUACUGUUUAUUUUGUUUGCUGGAGUAUAUAUAUUAUGUACCUUUUUUGUUGGAAUAUUAGGAUUCACAACAAUGGGAUUAGUUCUAAACGUUGAAAUUGUAACUCCUUAUGUAUCCUUUUUGGUCGUUGCCACAACAAACGUCUAUUUUUGUUAUGCUAAGUUGCAGAGAAAUUACACGGAAGUUAAAGAAUUUAUCUUAAAAUACAGGCAGCAAGAAUUAGAUUCGAUCAGUGGUACUGAUCAGAGCACAAUUCCAACAAAUCUGUUUUGGUUCGUGAGUGAUGAAGUGCUUCCAGUUACAACUGAAAUCUGCCUGAUGCUUCGCAACAUGGCUGUUAUUGUCAUAUUCCUGUUUUUAACGAUAUCUUCUAUCAUUUUCUUUAGAAAUGAGUACGAAAUUUCGACGCCUGUUUCUACCAUUGCCGUGUUUAUAAGUGGCGCAAUUCCCAGCCUGUUUUUUAAGGGGCUCACCGGAGGGAAGAAUUUUUCUGGCUGGAGAAAGAUCCAGCUGGAAAGGAAAAUUAAAGUGGCGGUGAGAGAAUAC